AUGGGCAAACAACAAGAUACGACACUUGACCAGCACGUGUCAGGCCAAGCUAAUGGCAACGGCCUCUCAAAGCCUGCUCACGCACUCACAUUCGCUCAAGUCACGGAGGACAUCAAGGCCAAUGCUGAGAACGGUCUUUCGUCAGCAGAAGCCAAAGAACGACACAGCAAGUAUGGCACCAACGAGCUUGGUGAUGCGGGUGGUGUUGAACCUGGAAAGAUUCUCAUUCGACAAAUCGCAAACGCGAUGACCUUAGUACUCAUCAUGGCUAUGGUUGUCAGUUUUGCGAUCAAGUCAUGGAUCGAAGGCGGCGUUGUUGCAGCAGUUAUCGGACUGAAUAUCGUCAUCGGCUUUAUGCAAGAGUUCAAGGCCGAAAAGACCAUGGAUUCACUCAAAUCACUCAGCUCCCCUACCGCCAAUGCUGUUCGUGAUGGCAAGACUGUCAACAUUCCCACCGUCGAGAUUGUCCCCGGCGAUAUGGUUGAGAUCAAGACUGGUGACACGGUACCCGCAGAUGUCAGACUUAUCGAAGCAGUCAACUUCGAAACAGACGAAGCCCUGUUGACUGGAGAGUCCUUGCCCGUGAGAAAAGACGCCGACGCCGUAUUUGACGAAGACACCGGACCCGGCGAUCGUCUCAAUGUCGCCUACUCUUCCUCAGUCGUCACCAAAGGUCGUGCUCGUGGUAUUGUCUACGCUACUGGCAUGUACACCGAGAUCGGAUCGAUCGCCGCAGCACUUCGCAAGAAAGACUCGAGAGUGAGACCUGUUAAGCGCAAGCCUGAUGGCUCUGCUAAGCCUCACCGAUACGCACAAGCCUGGACGUUGACCUUGUCUGAUGCCAUUGGUCGCUUCCUCGGUAUCAACGUCGGAACUCCCCUCCAGAAGCAGCUGUCGAGACUCGCAGUAUUGCUCUUCUUCAUUGCUGUGAUCUGUGCUAUCAUCGUUGAGGCCGCGAACAACUUCAGCAGCCAGCAAGAGGUCAUCAUCUACGCUGUUGCCACGGGUCUCAGUAUGAUCCCCGCGUCUCUCGUCGUCAUCCUUACCAUUUGUAUGGCCGCUGGUACCAAAAGAAUGGUUGAGCGCCAUGUCAUCGUCAGAAAUCUGCGUUCCCUUGAGGCCCUUGGCGGUGUUACUGAUAUCUGCUCUGACAAGACUGGUACACUGACACAAGGCAAGAUGAUGGCGAAGAAGGCUUGGAUUCCUGCCAAAGGUACUUAUUCGAUCGGAGAGACCGAUGAGACCUCCAACCCUACCAUUGGCGAACUCCAAUUCACCCCUGAUGAACCAAGAAACAUUAAAGCCGGAGAAGAGAAGCACGAUGUUGUUGCAUACGAUGAUGAACUCAAGGACAAUGAACACCUGGGACACUUCCUCAGAGUAGCUGCUUUGGAUAACCUGGCCAUCGUCCAAAAGGACGAGGACGAUAAGUGGACGGCACGUGGCGAUCCCACUGAAAUCGCAAUUCAGGUGUUCGCAGCUCGAUUCGGCUGGAACAAAUCAACCUUUGUCUCUGGAAACAAGCCCAUGUGGAAGGAGGUCGCUGAGUUUCCAUUUGAUUCAGAUGUCAAGAAAAUGUCUGUCAUUUUCGAGGAAGCUGCUACCGGCAAGAAGCAAGUGUUCACCAAGGGUGCCGUUGAGCGAGUCAUCGGCUCCUGUAUCAAUCUUUACCAAGACGAGUCCGGAAAGCCUGUCGAGAUGACCGAAGCCAUCCAAGCAGAAAUCUUGCAGAACAUGGAGGCCAUCGCUUCCCUUGGCUUGAGGUGUUUGGCACUGGCCAGCAAGGACUUUGAAGGUGAAAUCAACAAGGAUGAAGAGGUCGACCGUAACUCCAUUGAAAACGGUCUGACCUUCCGAGGUCUUGUUGGGCUCUACGACCCACCUCGCCCUGAGUCCGCUUCCUCGGUUCGCCAGGCUCACGAGGCCGGCAUAAUCGUUCACAUGUUGACUGGCGACCACAAAGGUACUGCGCAGGCAAUCGCUGCUGAUGUCGGUAUUCUUCCCACGCACAUGAAAGAUCUGUCCAAGGAGGUCUUGGAUGCUAUUGUCAUGGAGGCCAGUUCUUUCGACAAGCUCAGUGACGACGAAAUCGACGCCCUCCCCGUCCUUCCACUGGUCGUUGCUCGUUGCGCGCCCAACACGAAAGUUCGCAUGAUCGAGGCUCUACACAGACGCAAGGCUUUCGCUGCCAUGACUGGUGAUGGUGUAAACGAUUCACCUUCUCUCAAGCGCGCAGAUGUUGGUAUCGCCAUGGGUCAAUCUGGUUCUGAUGUCGCUAAGGAUGCCUCCGAUAUCGUCUUGACCGACGACAACUUUGCCAGUAUCCUCAACGCCGUCGAAGAAGGUCGCCGCAUGUUCGACAACAUCCAAAAGUUCAUUCUUCAUCUUCUCUCUCAGAACAUCGCCCAGGCAUGCACUUUGCUUAUUGGUCUUGCCUUCAAGGAUCUCGACGACCUCUCCGUUUUCCCCAUUUCACCCGUCGAGAUUAUGUGGAUUAUCAUGAUUACCAGUUCUUUCCCUGACAUGGGUUUGAGUUUCGAAGAAGCCGUUCCGGAUGUUAUGCGCCGCCCUCCUCAAAGCCUGAAGCGUGGCGUGUUCACAUUCGAAGUUCUUCUCGACAUGCUUGUCUAUGGCCUCUGGGUCGCCGCACUUUGCUUGUGCUCUUUCUGCCUUGUCCUCUACGGCUUUGAAGAUGGCAAUGUUGGCCGCAUUCCUGCUACUGGUUGCAACAACUCUUGGUCUCCCGAGUGCGAUGUUGUUUUCCGUGCCCGUUCAACUUGCUUUGCCACGCUGACAUGGUUCUCGCUCUUCCUUGCCUGGGAGAUGAUUGACCCCCGUCGCAGCUUCUUCCGUAUGAAGCCCGACUCCGACCGCUACUUCACCCAGUGGAUGUUCGAUGUCUGGCGCAACAAGUUCCUGUUCACGUCCGUCGUUGCAGGCUUUGUCCUCAUCUUCCCGGUUCUCUACAUCCCUGUCAUCAACCACGACGUCUUCCGUCACACUGGCAUCUCGUGGGAGUGGGGCAUUGUCUUUAUUGCUACCCUCAUCUUCUUCAUUGGCAUUGAGUCUUGGAAGUGGGGCAAGCGCAUCUAUUUCCGUCACCAAGCAGCAAAGGCAGGCUCUGAAGCUCAGGAUAUUGAGACUGCCAUCUUUGGCAAAUACAUGCGCGAUCUCACGCCUGUUGGCAGCUGGUCACAAUCCACAAUGAAGGGGGAAGCCUGA